GCUUCGGAAAAGAGUCCCUUUAGAGUAUAAGGUAUUGCCCUAGUACUAGAUUUAGAGUCAUCAUGUAUACGGUUGUGUCAUUAAUUAGGAAAUUUUCAAUACUCGCCCAUCAUGCACCUUAUAGUGUUAGUAAAUCAGUGCUUCAUCAUACUAAAAAUUUGAUAUUAAAAGAGUAUCGUUAAGAUUAAUUUCAAUUUUUGCACUAAUUAAUGAUAGUUUAAUUUACUUCCUAACUUGCAUCUGUUGAUUAUAGUGAGAAAAAACAAAGUUACAUCUUAUAGUGUAGUUGGAGAGGUGGACUGGAACAAUGAUGACGGCUGUAAAGUUAAGAAAAUGAAAUUCUCUGUCAGUCUCGAGGAGAUGGCGUUUAUUUGACUAGUUUGGGAAGUAUAGAUGGGACUGUUUCUUGAAUUGGUCAACACUGUUAUGAUCGUGCUGAUCAAGCCUUUGUCACUGCUCAAGUUCACUUGCUUCUUUGGUGUGAGAACGAUAUGCAUUGUUAUCCAAACCUGGACAGAGCUGCUGAGAGCUGCUAUGGGUUUUCAUGCCAGCUUACUCUGGAGACUGAUAAUUUGGGCUAUUGCUAUUCUGUCCCUGCCAAUACGAAGUUUAACUGCUCUACAGAGGGAAAGGAUGCUGGAAAUGCAUCUUCAGCAAAUGCAGACAGAGAUAGAGAACCUUGUAUGGGAAAGGAAGGAACAUAAGAAGAGACUGCAGGUAGCCAUCAAAGAUAAAAAGAUAAUGCAGGUCAUGUUAGCAGAACUUGAGGAUGAACAUGAUGAGGCGAUACUCAAAAUUGAGCAAUUGGAGGGCCAGCUGCAGGAUCUGAAAGCACAAAAUCAACGGUUGAAUGAAAGUCAUGGUAAAGCACUUUGGGACCACAGAGACCAUGUUUAUAUAGGCAAUGGCCAAAUAUUGCAUGGCGACGGCAAUGCAAUUCCAUCUUGGAGAUCAAGUGGCAUGGACAGUAUGACCAUUGACCACGAAAGAAUGCAAGAAGCCCUGGAAGACAAAAGCAAAAGUGAAACUACGUUAAACCAUGAUUUUAUGGGAGCUAGAUCAUGUCAAUAUGUCAACCCAUGUACUCCAACCACCUCCGAGGAUGUUGACGCAAGUAAUGUGUUACACCAACAAAGGGAGCUAGCUUUUACACGGACCCUUUUUAGUGCAAUAUUGUCACUUUUAGUUGGAACGAUCGUAUGGAAAGCUGAAGAUGGAUGCAUGCCUCUUGUCCUCGCGCUAUUUACUGUCGUUGGCAUGUCCUUGUGGAGUGUUGUCCAGUUUUUCUCAACCAUCAAGAACAGACCCGCAUCUGAUGCAGUUGCUCUCUUAAGUUUUAACUGGUUUUUACUCGGAACGCUAACAUAUCCCACGUUGCCAAGGAUCACUCCUGUAUUUGCACCAGCUUUAUGGAGCCUCUCUGACAGGGCUGUGGAGUUGCUUGGUUUCUAAUCCUAAGCAUACAUUACACUGCUACGUUCCCUUUUCUGGGACUCUGUGUUUUUGUUCUUGCAGCUCGUACGGUAAACUUUUACAUUAAUCUUAGUUCUUUCUUUGGUUUGUAUUAUGAAAAUCUUCUGGAAUGCUCUGGCACUCGGAAGAGCUUGGUUUUGCUUCAACAGUUGUACAAUAUCUGUCUUUGGCAAAGCAUAAAUGUAAUAUUGGAGUAAUAGUUAACUGA